AUAAUUAAUUACGAAAUACAAAAAAUCCACCAUACGAAAAUAACCCGCUAUAUAUACGGUACUCAUCAACAAUUUGUGGUAAUAGUCUGGAUACACUGCAUGUACAUCGUACAAUUAUUCUCGAAACAAGAUGCUCGGAGAGCAUUCACCCUGUGCGUUGACAUAACGGACAUGCGAUUUACUUUUUAUAAAGCAACAAUCAUAUAAAACAGUGUUUUUGUCACCUUCUAACAGUGGGGUACGUGCAUGCAUGUCUUACACUGGAUUGUUCAGCCAUCAUUGGACGAUAUCUCAGGAACCAUUUUGGUUUACACCAUAGGGUAGGAUGGCUGGUGUAUAGAACGAAGAAGGUUGUAGUAUGAUGGGGUAGGUGCUGUUUGGAAUGAGGGACAUAAUUCACUUUUAAUAAUAGGCUCAUCAAUUAACAGUGUGCAUGUAUUAUUAUACUAAAGUAUGCAAAUUUUAUGUAUCAAUAUUAUUAUAAAUCUAGACAGUGAGUGCAUGCCUAGCCUCGAUUCAAGGCCGAUUAAAAUACGUAUUUUAAUCGGCCUGGAAUCGAGGCUAGUGCAUGCCACAGAGUGCGAAUGCUUGAAAAUUAGGAAGUGGGAGGGGCUGAAUGCUGCAAGACCACGAGGUUGAAGAAGGCUGUCCAAUGGUCCUCUGAGCAUGAGAAGCAGGAUGCCUUGUUGCUGCUGUGUCGAGACCUCAUAUCCUGUGUCAACAAGAUCAUGGACCCCUCGUCCAUUCAGGCAGAGAGAGCAGAGUGUAGUCAGAAAGUGGAGCAGUUCAAAGAUGAGAGUCCGUACUGUUUGAGGUGUGGCUUCAUUCUGUCCGAGGAGCACGUCCCUGUCAUCAGGCACUUUGGAUUGCAACUCAUGGAGCAUUUUGUUAAGUAUCGAUGGAGGAGCUUGAGUCUGGAUGAUGGCAGAGAGUUCCAACUGAACCUGCUUCAGUUCCUCUCAAAUAAACUCCUUCCUUAUGAUCAAGAGCCCACUUUCGUUAAGGAGGCUCUGGCUAGGGUCACCGUGGAAACAGCCAAAAAGAUGUGGCCGCAGAGAUGGGAUUCGUUUAUCACUGACUUGGGGACUGUCUCAAAGUGUGGGUCCACCCAGGUGGAGCUGGUGUUGCUAAUAUUUCGUCGUCUGGCUGAGGACAUCCACGGGUACGAGUCUGGCAUGACCUCAGGGCGUAAGAGGGAGAUGGCAGCUGCCCUCAACCAGCAGUCUCAGACAGUCUUCACUUUUCUCAUUAGCAACUUAGAGUCUCCUCUGUCGGAGCCCCUUCGUCAAACUGCCCUGAGCACGAUAGUCAGCUUUGUGGAGUGGGUGGAGUUUCCCACCCUCCUGAUGGAGGACGCCAAGCUCAUUAAGCUCCUCUACAACCUCAUAGGGAUGGAGGAACUUAAGACUGUCGCCUGUGAGUGUCUACUGCCUAUCCUCUCCAGAAAAGGUGAUGUUCGCAAGACAGAGGGAGACAGGACCACGAUUCUCUCAUUGCUUCUCUCCACUGAAGCUCUCAAUGGAAUCAUGGCUGCUUCAAUACUGGCCAACUCGCAAGGUGUGGUGGAGGAGCAGUACGUGUUCCUGAAGAGGGUGUGUCAAGUCCUGGUCCACUUGGGCACCUCUCAGCUGGCACUGCUCUGGACAUACUCUCUGACAUUCAAGCCUCCGGAGGCUCUGGAACUGUACCUCCAGGUUGUGGCUGAGUUCACUAAGCACGACAGCCAGCUGCUGAGCCUGACGUCAGCUGAUGUGUGGAUCACGUUCCUCUCCCACAAUCACCUGAAGGACCACCCAGUGUUCAAGGACCACCUCACACACCUCCUCACAAUAGCCCGACAGAAACUGCUCAAGGUGGGUGACCCUGAUGUGUACGACCAUGUCAGUUCAGAGUAUUCCCGUCUGGACUUUGAUGGGGCGGAUGACUUUAUGCUCUUCUUUGCGAGUAAGCAUACUGUUUAUCUAAACCCUAACUGUGUGGUAAUUGUAUUGUACAUGAAGCUUACUGUAUUGUAUGUGCAGCACUAACUUGCAAAUGUACAUUACAUAUAAGUGCAACAACUUACUUUCUAGCAUUUUGUGGUAAGAUGGUAAAGAUACUUAGUCAAGUGUCUCUUCUGAUUCCAAGAACAGCUGCUGUAGAAGCUCUCACCGUCACUGAGCAGAUGGUCCAGAAGA